AUUUUAGAAUGGCAGUUUGGGUUACAACCACCGGAUCAAACAUACCAGAGGGGGCAAUAAGGGGUGGAUAUGAAGCAGAUGGGAGACCACUUUUUAUUGCCCGGGCACAAAUUGAAGGCAUCAUGACGCCCGGAAAAUGUGGAUUUCAUCUUUCUGGCGCCCAUAUUCCAUUUGGCAUGAAAGAACAAAUCAUAACUCAGUACGAGGUGUUAGUUCAUCCUUCGAGAAAUCCUGGCUUGUUUGAUUGGCAGAGGGCUUCUAACGGCAGCGUGCCAUCAAAUGCUUACAGGACAGACAACGAAACCUAUGUUGGGAGAGCAUUCUACCAAGAGAGUUUAGUGCCAGGAAAAAUUGCUUCUUCUGAGCCUCACAAGUGUGCAUACAUAGGAUAUGGAGGGACCGAAAUCAGUAUUAAGGAAUACGAGGUCCUGUGUCAGAUAAAAUAAAUCCUGAAGAGAAUUUGGAAAGUUAUUUCUUAAAUGGGACAAAAUGAAUAUCAAAGUCUUUUGAAGUGAAAAUAUAAAAACAAAAUGAUGCACGAUAUAGAAAGGAUCAAGUAUUCAUUA